AUGCCAAUUCUAAUCUUCGGAGACUCAGCGAAGCAUAGUGUGGGCGAUGACUGGGCCAAAUGGUUGACGCGAAACAGCCCCCAGCCCCCGCCCCCAGCCCCCAGGGCCAAUGCCGCCGGUCAACUGGCUCAGUUCGCGUUUCACCUGAAGGGCGAGCCGGUUGACGGCGGUCAAUGGACAGACAUCGGAGCCGAAGUCAACGGUACCUUAGAGGUCCCGGCGAUCACCGCCCCGCCCCGCCCGGCGAUGAAGUCAAAGGCGAGCACGGACGGAUUCUACUCGUCCGGUGGACGUGAGGGGCAGACGGAAAAUCCCGAGGACGAAGUCCCGGCGAUUCGAUCACGCCCUCCCUCGCUCGCCUUGCUUUGGGCGAUGGCGCAGGAAGAAAAGAAGAAGAAGAAGAAGCAGAGUGAUUGA